GAGAAAGAUUUAGGACCUUAUCCAACCCGCUACCACACAAUCCUCCUACCCUCUCAAACCAACACUUGACCAGAUCCCUUUCCCCCCUGAAGCUUACCGGCAUAACAAAUUAACAAUGUCAACUCUCUGUUUCACAUCAACUUCUCUGCUCACCCUCACAACUCAAAUACAACCCCAACUCAAUAAGCACUACUCUUCCUGCACCUUCUCUUGCCGACCUGCACGAAUACCUUCCCUCAUUUGUGCCUACAAAGUAAUGAUAGAGCACGAAGGUAAAGCCACAGAGCUCGAGGUUGAUCCCGACGAGAGCAUCCUUACUAAGGCGCUCGAUAGCGGGAUCGAUAUUCCAAAUGACUGCAAACUUGGAGUUUGUAUGACAUGCCCUGCCAAGCUCUUGAGCGGGAAGGUUGAUCAGAGUGAGGGGAUGCUUAGUGAUGAUGUGAUUGAACGAGGAUAUGCUCUUUUGUGUGUUGCUUACCCACGAUCAGAUUGCACUAUUAGAACCAUUCCUGAAGAGGAGUUGCUCUCUCUUCAAUUAGCCACUGCUAAUGACUAAUAUUAUGGUCUCUUGUAUUUGGUAAUCUAUAAAGCAUGAAAACUUCUCCAUACUUGGAUUUCCCUGUUACCAAAAUCAUUCCAUUUCCAAAACCCCAGUUGUUUCGGUGCUUAUGAAUCCUGAAACUCGCUGGGAUCUGAGGUUUGUCAGUUGUUUCCGUGCUACAUAGUUAUUUUGGCUAUGCAGUGUUUGUCCUCUGUAAACGCAUUGGUGUAAGUGAUAAUUAGGUGACUGAAAAUGCUACAUAAAGAUGCUAAUUAAACCCAUUUGUUUUGUUUCCUAUUGUGUUGAGAAAAAGGUACCGAAAUUUUGGCAUUA